AUGCCUAUAGUAUUACAAGUUGCUGCAGUGUGGAUAGAAGGUAAUAAUCCUAUAAAUAAUACCAAACGCGAUAUAAUUGUACAAUUGAAAAUAAUCUUAAAUGAACUAAAUAUUCCUAUAACUAAUGAAGACCUUGCAAAAAUAGAAUUAUUAAAUAAAAAACAAAAAUUAGUAUUCAAUACCAUUAUAAAUUAUAUUGAAAAAAAUCAACCAGCCGUGAUCUUUGUCAAUGGACCUGCAGGAAGUUGUGCCCAAAUCAUAAAUGCAACAUUAAAAUUUUCGCCUUUAUGGUCUACAAUAAAAAUUUUUCAUCUUUAUCAAAAUAUGAGAAUUGAAAAUAAUUCUGAAGCUAAUGCAUUAACAAAUCUCUUACAAAGAAUUGGAAAUAGAACUGAACCAACAAUAAAUAAUAGUAUGAUUCGAAUUCUGGAUCACAUAAUAAUCGAUUGGUAUAAUGAAAAUUCUUUGGAAACUCUAAUUAAAGAAAUAUAUCCACACAUCACUUUCAACUCUUCAGAAAUCUCUUACAUCACUAACAGAGCCAUACUCAUUACAAAAAAUGAAUAUAUUGACUACAUUAAUAAUAUAAUCCUAGAAAAAUUACCGGAUAAUAACAUAACAUACAAAAGUUUUGACUCUGUUCCUAAUGACAAAAAUAAUCUUUACCAACAAGAAUUUCUCAACUCAAUUACUAUGGCUGAUAUUUCUCAACAUAAACUAUAUCUCAAAAUUAACACCCAUUAUAUGACUUUGUAA